GCCUCCUACUUUGGCAGUGUGGAAAUAUUGGUACUUAGGGUUAGGGCUGUGUCAUGGAUGAGCGCGGUGUUGGGACUUAUUAUUAUUAUUGAAUUUUGCAUUUGAGUUGCACUUGGGAAUUGGGAUUGCAAAUUUGGGAUUCUUUUCUUCCUUUUUCGCAUUUCAUUUCUAUCUUCUUCUUCCCUUCCCAUAUACCCUUUCUAUGGAUCCUCAAGCUGAAGCUAUGGAGUGGGAGUUGCUUCACCACGGCGCUGAUGUUGAUGAUGAUAACGAUCAGGACUUGGGCCCGCAGCUGGAGGAUUCGGCCCUGAUCAGGCCCAAUCACUUCUCCAUCCAGCCUCCUACUCCCGUUGCCGUCAGCUGCAAUUCAUCGUCUUCCUCUACCGAUCCCAACGAAGUGGAUCGCAACUUCGACGACACCUACCUCGCCGAUCAGCUCUAUCCCCAAUUCUUACUCUCCAACCACUCUCCCUCUUCUGCUUCCUCUUCCACUCUCCAACCGCUCCCCGAUAAUAACGACUCGGACUCCGAUUCCGAUGCGAAGACCGAGGCUCACGUGAAUAAGGAGGAGGAUGAGGAGGAGCAACAAGGGAAGGAGAUAGCCAAAGAGGAGGAGGAGGAGACGAGAGUUGCGUGGUGGAAGGUUCCUUUGGAGGUGUUCAAGUAUUGGGUGGUGAGGGUCAGCCCUAUCCCCGCCUGGUCUCUCUCUGUGGCUGCAGCUGCUGCCUUCUUCGGACUCGUAAUCCUCGGAAGGAGGCUCUACAAGAUGAAGCGCAAGACCCAAUCCUUGAAGCUCAACGUCGCUCUCGACGAUAAGAAGGCAUCUCAGCUGAUGGGUCGUGUUGCACGUCUUAACGAAGCGUUCUCAGUUGUGAGACGUGUUCCCAUAGUACGACCAUCACUUCCGGCCCCUAGUGUCACUCUGAGUAUCAGAUGAAGAAUUUGACAAUACUUAAAUUGCAAGUAGUGUGAAAUACAAUAAUGAUUGUAAUAUUAUAAAAAUCCUUUUGUUACAAAGCAUGUAUCUAUUCUAUUAUGUGUGUGGGUGUUGAACUUACGAAGCUUUUCAGUGGCUUCUUGUAUAUGACAUCAUACUCAAAUAUUAAUUUU